AUGCUCGUAUCACUGGCUACCCGACUUUUUCGCGCCAUUGGACGUCGCUCCAUAACCACUGCUGCAGCAGGAUCCUACCACCACGGCGCUAUAUCCUCCGGCGAAAAACUGUCCAGGCCCCAAAGAAGACCAGCAAGAGACGGUCAGAAUCUCUCAGACCGAUAUGUUCGGCUAGAAAAGUCGCUGCGUGGCAAGGAGAUGUUUUCGAAGGAGCUGGAUGACCUGGCGGAGACCAACCCCCCUGUUCCUGCGGAUCUGCAACCCAAGAAGCUAGCGAAGACGACGAACACAUUUCACGGUUUCGUCGUUCCGGAGGAGCCAAAACCACCAGCGGACGAUGAGUGCUGCAUGUCCGGCUGUGCCGUGUGUGUCUACGACCUCCACGAAGAAGCUGUAGAAGCAUACAACGAAGCCGUCGCUGCAUUACAGACAUCUCUCACCUCUUUGAGCAUACCCGAAUCCAAAUGGCCCGCUCAGAUUCGUCCAAAAGGCACAUCCUCGUCUCGCAGCCCACAGCAGGCGAAGGGUGCUGUUCUAAGCGCGUUUGAAGAGAUGGAACGGAAGCUAGAGCUGAAGAGGAAGGAGAAAGAGGCAGAGGAAGCCCGAAUUGCAGUCCGUCUCGCACAGCAAAAGCGGAAAACCCAGCUUAUUGGUAUCAAGGGACCCUCUUCGGUGGAUACGGUUCUCAACGAGCUGUAUGAGGGCCUUCGUUGGGUGUUCUUCAGCAAACGAUGA